CGCUCUUCUUCUUCCUCCUCUCUCUCCUCUCCGUAGGGUUUCAAAAUUCACGUUCGGAUCUCCACUCAUUAACCCAUCAGAUCUUAAAACCCUAAACCCCUAAUUCACUCUUCCAUGGGUGAACAACACAACGGUGUUUCUGGUGGGUUUUCGUCUAUUCCCAGAUCCGACUUAAAGAUCGGAGAGAAUGAAUUGGAUGAGAAACAGAAGUUGAGUCAAAUUGGAUGUGUUGAAACAAUUAUAAAUUCAGGUAACACUGGUCAUGCUCCUAAAGACAUUGAAAAGGCCAAUGAAAUGUCUCAAGGUAGUAAAGUUUCUCAGAGUUUUGUUAAAGGAGUGAGUAGUGAGGUGUUGAGUCAAGAGGUCAAGCCUUGUUCUGAUAAGGUUGAUCUCAAAACGGGAGAUUUGGUUAAGAGAAAUGUAGCUUCCAGCUGCUUGAAUGAUGAUUUAUCUUCGGUUAGCUGUUCCAAGAGAGGCGAUAAACCUGGUUCAGUGGAUGUUUAUUCAGAGUGUGGGAGUUCCAGUGUCACUGUUGAUGAAAAGGAUCCAAUGGAGCUGUGGAAAGCGAUGAAACAAAACGGGUUUCUUUCUAACCCACACGGUGGAGGUGUUUCAGGGACAUCAAGCAGCUGUGUACUCUCAUCUUCUCAUGGAGGGAUACCUGCUCCUCCAAGGAAACGUGGUCGAAAAAGCAAGAAUAAUGAUGCUGUGAUGGUAAAGAAGAGGAAGAUGGAGAUUGCUAGGAAGGAAGAAGUUGACAGGUUUGCUAGGCUAGCUGCUCCUAGUGGACUGCUCAAUGAACUGAACCCUGGGAUUAUAAACCACGUUAGAAACAAGAAGCAAGUGCUUUCCAUCAUCCAAAACAUUGUCAAGUCUGAUAAAUAUUCUGGAAACUAUCACCAUUCAGUGAGGCUUAACAAUACUACAGUUGCGGGUUCUAGGAAGAACUUGGAUGAUGUCUCUAGAUCUGAUUUUAGCCAAGGAUUCAUGUGUGGCAUGCCAGAAGAUAACUACUCUAUGCACCACCACGAGGAGAACUGCGCAGAUGAUGAAGAAAAUAGCAAGUUCUCGGAAAAUGCCAGUUCCUUGUCGAGCGAGGACGCAGCAAGUUUGAACCGUGAUAGUGUUCUCACUGUCAAAGCGGCUACAGUCGCGUCUCAGUGGUUAGAAUUGCUUCACCAGGACAUCAAAUGCCGUGUUUCCGCUCUUCGCCGUAGCAAGAAGAGGGUUCGAGCAGUUGUGACGACAGAGUUACCUUUCUUAAUAAGUAAAGAGUUCCCAGCUGAUCACGAAAAUGAUCCAAAUUUACUCUUCAAUGGAGCUUCGAGGGCUUCAACGGUUGAUAACCACAAGAACAGAUGGAUGGCGCUGUUUAAACAACUCGAGCAAACGCUAUCAGAAGAAGAGAGGCAAUUGGAAAACUGGUUACACAAAGUGAGAGAGCUCCAAUCACAUUGCGACCAGGGUCUGCAACACUUGAGCUUGAGCUCUGGUCAGAACUUCUUACAGUUAGGAAUGCCAUUGUACUCUAGAGCUGGGGAUGCACUGAUCUCAGAUAAGGAUUUAGCCGUAAGAGCAGCUGCAGCCUCCAUAUACUCGACCUGCGAUUUUCUUGGAUCAGAGGAGAACAUAACCUGUACCUGAACUCCUUUAGUUUUCUGACCAACUUUUUCUCAGUUACUUUAGUGUGUAAGCUGUCAUAGCAGGGUUUUUCAUUGUAUGUGCAUCUGCAACACUAGUAGCAUUGCUCAUCAGCCUUUUCUUUUCCUCUUCUAUAGAUUUAUUUUCUCUGCAAUUUUUUCCUACAAUAAGAAUCAUAGUAUGCUGAACUUGUAAGACUUGAAAGUUAACAUGCCUUGUGUUGAAUAAAGGUAUUGAAUCAUGAUCUG